AUGGAGGCAGCCUUCAAGACCUUCUUCUCCUCCCCCCGCUUCGCCGUCGUAGGCGCAAGCUCCGACCCCUCCAAAUACGGCCACAAAGUCUUCGCAUGGUACCUCAAUCACUCCCUCCCCGUCCAGCCCAUAAACCCCCGCGCCCCGACCGUCAACUGCCUCCGCGCCACCCACGCCACCCUCCCCUCGCCCGCCGCCCUCGACCAGCCCGUGCAGACCUCUCUCAGCAUCAUCACGCCGCCCGCCGCCACGCGCGAAGUGCUGAAGCAGGCCAAGGAAGCAGGCGUGCCGGCCGUGUGGCUCCAGCCUGGCAGCUUCGACCGCGAGGGCCUUGAGUACGCGCAGCGGGAGUUCAAGGCGGCGAUUGGUGGGAGGGGCGGGAGGGGAGGGGAAGGGUGGUGCGUGUUGGUGGAUGGGGAGGGGGCUAUGGAGGCUGCGGGGAGGGAGUGGAGUAAGCUGUAA